AGAAUCAUUAAAAGCGGACGUUAGCGCGCGCUUGCAGCUCAAACCUCUGCAGUGAGUGUGUGUGUUUGUUUCCUGCUCAUCUGACAACACAAAGACUGAACUCCUCCACACACACACACACACACUCUACUUUAACCCACGUCCUCCAUCCUGACGCGAACAGCCACCUCUCUUGUUGAGUAAUCUACCCGGAGAAGAAGCACCGCCACACGGGAACCAUGUUCGAGGCUCGCCUGGUGCAGGGCUCCAUCCUGAAGAAGGUGCUGGAGGCUCUGAAGGACCUGAUCACCGAGGCCUGCUGGGACGUCAGCUCGUCCGGCAUCUCCCUGCAGAGCAUGGACUCCUCUCACGUGUCCCUGGUGCAGCUCACACUCCGGCACGACGGCUUCGACUCGUACCGCUGCGACAGGAACCUGGCGAUGGGGGUGAACCUCAGCAGUAUGUCAAAGAUCCUGAAGUGUGCUGGAAACGAGGACAUCAUCACCCUCCGAGCAGAAGACAAUGCAGACACACUCGCCCUCGUGUUUGAGACACUCAACCAGGAGAAAGUCUCAGAUUACGAGAUGAAGUUGAUGGACCUGGAUGUGGAGCAGCUGGGUAUUCCAGAGCAGGAGUACAGCUGCGUGGUGAAGAUGCCCUCCGGGGAGUUCGCCAGAAUCUGCAGAGAUCUCUCCCAGAUCGGCGACGCUGUCAUGAUCUCCUGUGCCAAGGAUGGAGUCAAGUUCUCCGCUUCAGGAGAGCUGGGAACAGGAAACGUCAAACUGUCCCAGACCAGCAAUGUAGACAAAGAGGAUGAAGCGGUGACCAUCGAGAUGAACGAGCCCGUCCAGCUGAUCUUUGCCCUCAACUACCUGAACUUCUUCACCAAGGCCACGCCGCUGUCCAAGACAGUCACCCUCAGCAUGUCCGCCGACAUCCCCCUGGUGGUGGAGUACAAGAUUGCCGAUAUGGGACAUGUCAAAUACUACCUGGCACCAAAGAUCGAUGAAGAGGCUUCAUAGGUUGUUUCUAAAAGCCCCAAAAAAGGAGAAUAGAAUAAAGCGGGCGACUGGGACUUGUCCUGUGUGACUGAAGGGCUCAGUGAUCACAUGGUGGUGGAGGAUCACUAAGAUUAAUGAGAUUCACAGCGGGAGGUUUAAUGUCAACCUUUCUAUAAACUGUCCGCUGUCCACUGUAUGAAUGAUGUCAUCUGUGAUGUGAUGAAGCGUCAGCGCUUUGAUUCUGAAGACGUGUUCGGAGCCACUGGCUGUUUUCAUUCCACACUGCCCCGGCGUAAAUUCAGCACUCAUUCACUCUGUCUAUUUUUGCCCGAUUUGGAAAAGCAGAUGUCACGUAUCCCAUUUUUCCUUGUAGAUAACGCAUUUGUAAAUAAUUUCUGUGGUUUCGCAAUGUCGAGUCGACCCCAAAUGUUUUUGUAUUCAUUGAUUCAGUCCAAAAUAAAUGAUUCAAGUUGUUUCCAA